AUGGUUAUGUGGAGUGAUACAGCCCAAAGCCAAGGUAAAAAUCAUUUUACCAGAAAACUUCGUCUUGCUAAUCCAUUUCCAAGAUUUGAACAUUCUGCUAGCGACGUCGUAGCUAAUAACGAAUUAUUUAUCUUUGGCGGAAAUUUUCAAGGUCAAGCUACGAAUGAUGUCUACGUAAUCGAAACAAGCACAUUAAACGUUCUUAACUUUAUUACUUCGGGUGACAUACCUUCACCACGAACUGGUCAUAUCCAUGUUAAUAUGGGAUCAAACAUGAUCGUAUUCGGUGGAUUAAUAAAGGAUCCUAAAACUCUUGAACAAAAAGAGGAUGAGAAUCUUUAUAUACUUGAUACAGUAACAAAGAAGUGGAAGCAACUUUCAGUGCAGUCGCCGUCACCCGGAAGGCAUGGUCAUGCUGUUACUGUAAUUGGAACAAAAAUGUACAUAUUCGGUGGUCAAACAGGAGAAAGUUAUUUAAAUGACUUGAUUGCUAUUGACACGGAUGCUUUACAAGAUGACUCGUUAAAUGCAAGCUGGGAACUUGUCGCACCAAAGAGUCCACUUCCUCCUGGAAGAGCUGCACAUAUAUUAUGUGCUCAUAAUGAUAAAAUUUACAUGUUCGGUGGAAUGGAUGGUGACAGGUGUUACAACGACAUGUGGUGUUACGAUUUACAUAACAACACGUGGUUACAAUUGUCCUGUGCUGGAUUCAUUCCCUUUCCACGAAAAUAUCAUAGUGCAACUAUAGUCGAUGGAAUUAUAUACAUCUUUGGUGGAAUAAAUCAGGAAGGUAAAGAAUUGGGUGAUUUAACCUCAUUUCAGAUAAAUACCCAAAGAUGGUUCAUGUUUCAAAAAAUGGGUCCUUCACCGAGUCCUCGGUAUUUGCACACAAUGAGCGCGGAAAAUGAAAAGGUAUUUGUUUUUGGUGGUGAAUCAACUAAAUCACCAAAACCUGAUGAAGAUGGACAACAAAUGUCAUCUCAUAUUCCUCAACAACAACAGCCUCAACAAAUACCUCCGCAGCAACAAAUACCCCAGCAACAAAUUCAUCAACAACAAAUAUCUCCACAGCAACAAAUUCAUCAUCAACAACAAAUACCCCAGCAACAACAAAUAAUGUCUGCAUAUUCGACAUCCCCUACUCAACAACAAACCUUUGCUCAGAGGAGUCUCCCAACUUCUCCGAGGCAAGAGUUCUCUCCUUACGGAUUUAAUUCUCCUACAUCUGAUAAUAGAAUGGCUCAAUCACCAACAAGCUAUCAAAUGUCUGAAACCACGGAUCCUUUAGAUUCUCCAGUUUUGUCCAAUACACGUCAAGGCUCAAUUCCUAGAACUCAAAAAGUUGAUGACCCAAGAUCACGUUUACCUUCAGAUGUUAACAGAGGUCCUCUUCCGGAAAAUAUUAUAUAUAUGGAACGACAGCGUUCAAAUUCUCCUCAAUUACGUUCAAAUGCUAAUAUGGAAAAUAUUCGAAGACAAAAUUCCUCUCCAGUUACUACUGCUCGCCAAUCUCCGACUCAAAUUGAUAAUCAACGUAGCAAUUCUAAUCCUUCCCCAAAAACACUUCACAGGCAUAGGAUCAGUACUGAUGGUACAUAUGCUCAUCCUACAGUAAUGAGAUUACGAGGUGAACGUAGCUUGGAAAGUUUACGUGAAAAUUCUCAACCUACUAACAUUAGACAACAACAUAAUAUGGAAAUUCUUGGUAAUAAUAAUAAUGGUACUUUCGUUCAAAUGCAAGGUGCUCCUAUGUAUUCUGGAAAUCCUGAAUUUUACUCUCCAAAUGAUUUCAAAAAUCCUCGUUCAGCUCCAAAUCCAUUAGGUGGAUAUAUUAUACAACCUGAUGGAUUUGGUACUAAUAAAAAUAUCAUCAUGUCAGGAAAUUACCCACCAGGAAUGUUUCCAAAUACAAUUUAUCAAACUUUAAAUUAUCCUAAAAGUACAAAUUCUUAUAUGGAAAGUGCUAUAUCUUCUCCAACUUUAUCAAUGGAAGGUCAUUCAAGAAUUUCUGAUAUUGUUGAUCAUUCUUCUGCUAAUAUAAUGAAUACGGAAUAUAAUGAAUUUAUGAGAGAACUUGAACAUAGAGAUUUAUUAAUUCAAACUUUAAGAAAACGUGAAAAAUGGUUAAGUGCUGAACUUGCAAUAGCUAGAAAAACUGGUUAUACUAUAGAUCAAGUUGAUUUUGAAGGUGAUAAAUCUGAAAAAAUUGAUUUGGAUCAAUUGAUAGAUAAUACUGAUAAAGAUUCAGAAAAAUUUCCUCUAUUAUUACAUAUUGCUAAAGUCAGACAGGAACUGAUAAAAUCAAAGGCAAACAUAUCAAUUCAAGCACAGAUUGCAUCACAAAAGAUUACAGAUUCAGAACGAAUAAGAACAGCAGCACUUCAAGAAGCAGCUUAUUUUAAAGCAAAACUUGCAGCUUUAAAAAGUCAAACAAAAUCCGAUUUAGUAAUACUUGAAUCAGAAAGAGCUUCUGAAUUAGAAAAACGAUUAACAAAAUCUUUAAAUGAAAAAGAAUCUGUUCAAAUACAAUUUUUACAAAUACAACAAGAUUUAAUUAAUGAAAAAACUUUAAAAGAAUCUGCUGAAGAACGUGCAAAAACUGCUCUUGAAAGAGCUGAAGAAGCAGAAAAUGCUCAUGCAAGAUCAUUAACAGAAUUAGCAGCUUUACAUUCAAGAGCUACAGAAGCAGAAUCUGAAUUAAGAGAAACUAAAGGACAAUUAUUAAAUUCAAAUAUAGAAUUAAAAAAAUUACAAAAUGUUAAUGAACAAUCACAAACUCAAAUAACAUCAUUACAACAAUCUAUUGAUAAUCUUAAAAGAACUCUUGAAAAAGCAAAUAAUGCAAUGACAACUGCAAGUAAACGUGCAAGUGAAUCGGAAGCUUUAUGGAAACAAGCUCAACAAGAUAUUGCAAAUUUAGAAAAAGAAUCUGCUGGUCUUAGAUCUCAAUUAGAUGUUAGAAUGAAAGAUUUAAGUCGUUCAGCUGAAAAAGCUAAUAAUUUGGAAAAAAUGUUGGAAGAAGAACGUAAAACAAAUAUUACUCUUCGAGAAAUGAUGGAUGAUGGUGUUAAUAAAUUAUUAAAUAAUUCGUUAGAAAAUAGUUCUACUAAUUUAAAUGAUAAUUCAAAUAUGGUUCAACUUGAACAAGAAAUUGCUGUAUUAAAAAAUAUUAAUGAAGAAACUCAAAAAUCCGCAAAUGAAGCUGCUAAUUCUUUAUUAAGUGCAAAGGUUAAACUUGUACAAAUGGAAUCUGUUAUAAUGAAAGCAAGAUCUGAAAAUACUUCAUUACAAAGACAAUUGGCUGAAGCUUCUGAUGAAAUUAUACGAACAAAAGGAAGAUUAAGUGAAAAAGAUCGAAUUUUAGAUGAAAAAUCUCGUAUACUUGAAGAUACGGAAGUCAAACUUGGAAUGAUGAGAGAUGUAAUGUCUGAACGUGGAAUUUUGGAUGAUGGUAGUGGAAAUUCUGGUGCUGAUAAAGUUAAGGAAAUGGCUGCACGAUGUGAAAAAUUAGAAGCUAUGCAUGUUAAAGCUCAGAGUGAUCUUAAAUUAGCUAUAGAGAAUUAUCAAGAAGCUUUGAAAAAAGUUCAAGAAGCUGAAAAUAAAUCAAAAGUACUCGAAAAAGAACUUGAGAGAACAAACGCAUUGGAAAUGAAAAAUAAUGAAUUACAAAAACAUUACACCGAAAUUUCAGAAAAAUUAUCAAAAUCUGUAAAUGAUUAUAAUACUGCCAUGCAUUAUGUACAAGGUACAGAAAAAAUGUUGAGACGCCUAAAAGUUGAAUUACAAAAUAGUAAAAUUGAGGCAGCGAAAUUAAGAACACAACUUGAAUCUAUGCAAAAACAUAAUGAAGUAUUAGAAGAAAAAUUAUUGGAAGUACAGAAUCGAACAUCUAUAAGCAUGGGUGCUCAUGAAUCCAAAAUCCAUGAAUUUGCUAAUAAACAACUCGAAUUACAAAGAGAAGAUUUUAAUAAAGAAUUAUCCGAAAUUCAACGAAAGAUGAAUCAAUCAUUAGAAGAAAAGAAAGCAAUGGAAAUAUCAUACAAAAAGUUAAUAAAGGAACAUCAACAGAUUAAGGAAGACUUGGAAGAAGCUUUACAGUUAAAUGAUGCGUUAACUAAACAAUUUAGUGAAACAUUAGAUACCCAAGAUUCAAGUGAGAAUAAACAAGAUAAUUGGGUUGAACAAAGAAAAUUUUUAGAAAGUCAAAUCAAUAUGAUUCGUUCCACUAAUAACAAACUUGAAAAAGUAAAUUCGGAAUUGGAACGAAAAUUAAAUGCUUCCGAAAAUAGAAUCACUAUAUUAUUGGAUCAAAUGGAAAAUACUGUAGAUGGUUAUCGAAAUAUAGAAGAUAACAUUAAAGAUACAAAAAGUCCAAGAGAUUCGAGUGUGAUAAAUGCUUUGACUGAUGAAUUAAAUGAACUAGCGAUAGGAGUAUCAAAUUUAGGUGUAGGCGGUCGCCGGACGAAAAAUUAA